UUUUCAUUUCUUCCACACACUGCGCGAGUUGGUAAUAAAAUAGCCAUUAGCCUUAUUUAAGUGACUGCAAUUUUACCCGUACGCCUAAAAGUUUUAGCAUCAUAAACAGCUUCAGCUCUUCUGUUGGUGCCCUCCUUGCUGGCUUGCUAGCUAGCUAGCUAUCGCUAACUGGUUCCUGAUAGAAGAUCCCAGUUAGCAAACAUUAAGCUGCAAGAUGUAGAGCGCGCUGGUAACGUUAUUCUUUAACAUGUUUGGCGGGAACUUGAUCAACCUCUGUCAUUUCAAGCCUGUAAUUUAGAUGUUCUGCAAACAUGACAACCGAGACCUUCGUCAAAGACAUCAAGCCAGGACUAAAAAACCUGAACGUAUUAUUUAUUGUCUUGGAAACAGGACGCGUAACCAAAACUAAGGAUGGCCAUGAAGUGCGUACAUGUAAAGUGGCAGAUAAGACCGGCAGCAUCAGCAUCUCUGUCUGGGAUGAGGUGGGAGGACUCAUUCAGACAGGAGACAUCAUCAAACUUACAAAAGGUUAUGCCUCUGUUUUCAAAGGCUGCCUCACUCUCUACACUGGAAGAGGAGGAGAGCUGCAGAAGAUUGGAGAGUUCUGCAUGGUUUACUCAGAGGUGCCAAACUUCAGUGAACCCAAUCCAGAAUACCUUUCCCAAAGCAACAAAGUGAGCUUGAAUGACAAUGGAAACAACAGUGCAACCUCUGGUUCCUCCAGUGGGAACGAGACAACAAAUGGAAAUGGAGUAACUUCUCAGACAGCUGGCAGCUCUACCAACUCCCAGACCGGAGGCCGGGCAGGUGGAAGUAACGGUAAUAAGGUGGUCAGCACUGGAGGUGGGGGCAACUCCAUCAGCAAUGGGAAGGAGACCCGCCGCACAGGCAAAAGAUGAUCGUCCUGCUAAAGAGACUCAUCAAAGCCACAGACUGUAAAAACAAAGCCAUCCCAACAGGUUUUAGUUUCUGUUCACCCCAUGGAUUGGCUUGUACAAAAGCGCUGCUGAACAUGUGGAAGGUUUGACUUUGCACAUUCAGAACUAAAAUGAAAUCAGAUACCUUCUGAGCAGCUUAUAAGAUGACCCCAACCAUUGUCUUUGGUUCCCUUGGUUACAGUGGAUUGACUUUGGCUCGUAGUCCUGGCUAUUCAGUCACCAUUUUGGCUUGAUCUGGCAGAUGACUUUGGGAAAUUGUGCUCUAGAGCUUCCUUCCAGCUAUCUCUUCCCCACUCUUUCCAUGGAAAGCAUUACACCAGGAGACAAGCACCGCUAAGAGAAAAAUACAUGCUGUAGCAAGCAUGCUAAGGUAAAAGUCAUUCAAUGUUAUCUCACUGGAAUGAGAUUUCUCUCCUUUUUAUAUUUGUCCAGAUAUGUUCUAAUGUGUUCACCCGGUCCAUAAUAUGCAUAUUGAGUAUGGUUUGUUUUCAUGUUAUAUGAAGUACCUACUGGCACCAGGUAAGAGUAUAAUGUGUAUAAUGUAAACAGUUUGGUACAUCCAUGUCAUAUGAAAUAUUUGUUAAAUGUAAAUAUAACUAUGAAUCGGAGGAAUUUCCUGUAUUCUGCUGUAUGAAUUAAGAGAAGGAUGUUUACUUAUCCCGUAAAAAAUAACAAAACAGCAGACCAAUUUAUUUUUAUAUCCUGUUCCAAAAGAGGCUUUUGUCAUUUGUCAUUUAUUCAAACAGUAAUUAUGUCUGUAAAAUAUAAACCACUUUAAAUUCAAAUUGAAUGUGAUUUGUUUGUUUGUUAUAUAAUGUUAUAUUAAACCCCUAAGGCAGUAUUAGUUCUGCUUAUAGUGUAAACCACGAGAAAUGUGUAAACCAGCCUAAACAUUAUGUGGCCAAGUUAAUUGGUUGAACACAAAAGAAUUCAAUGAUAUAUUACUAUCUUCACUCACUUUGGAAUAUCAUAUUUUCCUCAUGUAGCUUGUGUUUGAUCUAGGCAGCUAAUACAAAGAUCCUUGAUUACGAA